CUUAUUUAUUCUCAUUUUAUUAGUUUUUUGUGCCCAUUUUUUUGGUUUUUCGUUAUCCCUCCAUUAGAAGCCAUGAGUAAGCGGAAUUUGAAGAGAGACAGUCCCGAAAUCGAGGAAACCACAGAGUCCGUGGACACAGCAGUAAAACGAACGCGUACAGAAAACGGCCAUCUGCAACGGACACCUCUGUUGCGUCGAAAGGCUAGCAGUUUUAUCAAUGACUUACCAGACACACAAUCCACUAUCGGGAAAGUGUUUGUGUUCGGCAGCGGAGACACCGGUCAGUUAGGACUGGGCGAUGAAAUGCUGACUCGCAAAAGACCUAUGCCGCUUAAAGUCCUCGACGACAAGGAAAUCGUCGACGUCGCUUGUGGAGGCAUGCAUUCUAUUGCUUUGACCAAAUCUGGUCAGCUGUGGAGCUGGGGAUGCAACGAUCAAAGAGCCUUGGGCCGUUCAGGCGAAGAAUAUGAACCUGGCCUCGUGGAGAAUCUGGACGAAGUCCAUGUCGUUAAAGUGGUUUGCGGUGACUCGGUAUCGGUUGCUCUGUCUUCAGAGGGACAUGUUUACAGCUGGGGUACCUAUCGAAAUGCAGAAGGUGUCCUUGGAUUUUCUCCCGACGUAGGCGUUCAAAGUGUACCUGCUCUUUUCGAACCACUGCAGAAAUACACCAUUGUUGAUAUUGCUGCCGGUACCGAUCAUUGUCUCGCUUUGACGAACACCGGACGUGUGCUUGUAUGGGGUAAUGGACAACAAGGACAGCUUGGUCGUCGUGUCAUCGAGCGAAGAAAGCGCAACGCCUUGGUACCUGUUUCUAUGGCAUUACGCAACAUCAAAGCGAUUGGCUCAGGUUCUUACCAUUCGUUCGCUCUGAGUCACGACAACGACCUUUACGUGUGGGGCUUGAAUAACUUCCAACAAUGUGGAUUAUUGACAAAAGAAACUCCCACCGCGCCGAAUACUGUGAAUGUGCCUACUAUCAUUCGAGGAUUGAAAGGAAAAGGUCCCAUCAAGUCGGUCACGGCUGGUGAACACCAUUCGCUUGUACUUUUGGAAAAUGGCGACAUCUACGGUUUUGGUCGCGCGGACUCGUCCCAGAUUGGUUUGCCACAGUCGAUGAUUGAUGAACUUCACACACAUGAGGAAGGACAGGAUACAUCGCAAUUUAAACGCGCCAUUGGUUAUCCCACCAAGAUACCCGCGAUAUCCAAAGUUCGCCAGGUUAGCAGCGGUAGCAACCAUGCCAUUGCUGUGACAACACAAGGCAAAGCCUACACAUGGGGUUUUGGUGAGAUGUAUGCUCUUGGUAAUGGAUCCGAUGAGGACGAAGCCGUGCCUACGGAGUUAACGGGCCAGAAACUCGAAGGACAUCAAGUAUUACGAGCAGCAGCCGGAGCUCAGCACACGAUUAUCUUGGCCACUUUGUAAAUUAAUAAACAGUUGGAAAAACAUUCCCAUUAUGCGAAGGAAAAUGAUGACCAUAGCCGAUCUCAAAGCAGCAAACCACCCCCAUCAAUGUAAAAAUAAAUUUUUCUCCUAGGUAGUUUUGAGUAACG